AUGCCAAACCCAUUCGAGGAUGUACAGAAUAGUCGUCCGCAAUCACCAGGGACCGCCAAGAACAAUAACAACACAUAUAACCUAAAUAGUACAAUUCCCAGAGGCAUUCAUCCAGGUGCUGUUUUGUUAUCUCCACAGUCAUCUUCUAUGAGCAUAAGUAACAGUACUAAUCGAAUAUUGCUCUCACCGAAUGUACACGAAAAUUCUUCUUCAUUAAGUAUGUCUUUUACAGACUUGUUAGAUCAACAACCGUUCAUGUUAGAUCUUCCAAAUAGAUCCACUGUUUCUUCUCCUCCGUUGACUAUGCAUGACGUAUCUCAGCAAUAUAAUGUGCCAAAAACCUCAAGUUCAAAUCCAACCCCAAAUUUAAAUUCAAUAACAGUUGGUUCCACAUCAUUAUUAUCUUCUCCGAAACCAUUGCCCCUACCAACAACAGUGGAAAACAUAAAUGAUUUCAUUAAUACACAACCUUCUAUUCCGAGCGCCACCUUGAAAAAUUCAUUGCAAACUUCCUUUGAUCAAACGACUAAUGAACCUAGAAUAUCUAAUCAUUUGAAUAUCCCAAUUAAUAAUCAAAGCGUUUCUACAAUUAAUAAUAAUGCUAAUAAUUUUAAUAACGAUAUCAAUCAAUUAUGUUCAUGGAUAACGCUCCUAACUGUUUCUCAACAGAAGCAAGUCCUAGAUAAUAUUUUCUCUGUACUAUCAGUUGAAGCAUUACAACAUCUGAAGUUAAAACUACUUACUAAUAGUUCCAAUACUGUUAAUGGAUCCAACACUAGUCAUCGUGGUAGUAACAAAACUACCCCUAAUAAUAGUAAAAUACCAAAUUCACCUCCUCAUACUCACCCUCACCCUCAAGUUCCUACUAUCGCAUCACCAGUACCAAAUAGAUAUCCGCGAAGUGAUAUCAAACAUCAAAGGAUUGAUCAAGUAAUGAAUUUAGACGCAAUUUUUUCUUCGCAUAAUAAUGGAACUGAUAACACAGGUGAUAGUAAAUUCGUUGAGCGCUCUCCAUUACAACAACAACAACAAGCGCAACAAAAUUACCAAAAAGGUGGUCAUCCGUCCAUUCUGUACCAACAAUGGUCACCACCUCCGAUCUCAUCAUCACAACCCAUUUAUGAUUAUAUUAAAGAAUCCAGGCAAAGGCCCAAGUCUGCAGAACCUCGAGUGUUAAUGGGUAAUACUUCGCCAUCAUUGUCAUAUUCACAGGAAUCUAUAAACAACAUAAUGGAAAGCUCUAAGAAUUCCAUCUUAAAAGGAUCAUUGGCCUCAUUACAAAAUGAUUUAAACGCUAAUAAUACACAUUCUAAUAAUAUGGCUACAGGUAGCGAUAAUAGCAUCAAUACUAAGAACAUUACCACAAAUAGUAAUAACAACAUAUCUUAUUGUAAACAUGAUAACAAUAAUAAUAAUAAUAGUAACUAUUCUAAUUUGCAUACACAACCACAAACAACAUCCAAUUAUGUACAGAACUACAAUAAUAAUAACAAUAAUCAUGUCUCUAAUAACAUCAGCAAUAGCUAUCAAUAUCAACAAUAUGGGAACAAUCAACAUUCCCAAUUCCAUCCUCAUCAUCACCGCCAUAAUAUUAACUCUAAGCAUGUUAAUAUGAACAAAAAUAGACCUACUUCACCAUUAUCAUCCUCAACAAUAAGCACACAAAUAGCAUUAGAAACAGCACCUACAGCAUCAGAAGAUUUAGCAUACCGUAAUAUUUCUAUUUACAAGAAUCAUAACAACAACAACAACAAUAACAAUAACAAUAACCUCGAUAUAUACGAUAUGAAUUACCGUCAUCACAAUAAACUUCGAACUUCUAAUAAUAAUAACAAUAAUAAUAGUAGUAAUAGUAAUAAUACCAUGGUCGAUUCUUCAACAGAGAACAAUAAUUUUAAUAAUACAGCUAUAAAUAAUUCAAUGAACGCUAAAAAUUUAACAGAUCCUAGAUUAUUAACGAAUGUACCAUUAUGGCUUAAAUCAUUAAGGUUACAUAAAUAUUCCGAUAUUUUGGAAAAAUAUUCAUGGUUGGAAUUAAUUGAUCUUGACGAUUCCACGUUGGAGAAUAAUGGUGUUAGUGCAUUAGGUGCAAGAAGGAAGUUAUUAAAGGCAUUCGGUAUAGUUAAAGAUUAUAAAGAACGUGGUUUGAUAGAUGAGAGAGCAUUCAUAUAG